GACUUUUGUAUUUUUUAUGCGCGUCUUGUUUUUACUUUUUUUCUCUUCAUUCAAUGCUAAAACGACUAUUUCUACAACAGCAACGCAAUAUUCAAAGGCGUUAUUACGCCACAACGCCUCAAUCCUUUUAUGUGUUUGAUAGACACGCCAAACGUUUACAAAAAGAUAGAGCAGCCUCUAAUGUCGAAGAAAGCCGAACUGUUGAUUACUUAAAAGAUGAGAUUGCUGCUAGAGUUGCAGACAGACUCUUGGAUAUCAAAAAAGACUUUGAUACCGUAGUCGACCUUGGCUCUGGAAGCGGUCAUAUAAUCAAACAUGCUACAAAAGAUAUGAUGAAAAAGCUUAUCAUGUGCGACAUGUCAGAAAAAGCGUUGUUUAGAGAUAAAGAUGUCGCCUACGAAGUACCUGUCGAACGAUUGCAGGUAGAUGAAGAAAAGCUGCCUUUCCCUGAAAACUCCUUGGAAGCUGUGGUGAGCAGCUUAUCGUUGAAUUGGGUAAACGACUUACCUGGGACGCUGAUUCAGAUCAAAAACUCGCUCAAACCUGAUGGCGUCUUUAUAGGCGCCAUGUUUGGUGGAGAUACUCUGUUUGAACUACGAACUUCUUUGCAACUUGCUGAGCUUGAGAGACAGAAUGGUAUAUCACCUAGAGUGUCUCCUAUGGCUGAUUCUAGUGAUAUGUCUAGACUUCUGACUCGUGCAGGAUUCGCUUUGACAACUGUGGAUGUCGACGAGAUUCAGGUGAAUUAUCCAAGUGCAUUUGAAUUGAUGGAAGAUUUAAAGGCAAUGGGUGAAAAUAAUGCAGUAGCUUCAAGACAACACAUCUUAACUAGGGACACACUUAUUGCUGCUGCUCCUAUAUACAAAGAACUUCAUGGCAAUCCAGAUGGAACCAUUCCUGCUACUUUUCAGAUCAUUUACUUGAUUGGGUGGAAACCUUCUGAGAAUACACCACUACCGAAAAAGAGAGGAUCAGCCAAUGCUUCCUUAAAAGAUAUUUUGUAGAUAGAUGAUAUCAUUGUUCUGAACAAAAGAGUAUCAUUAAAACUUAUUAUUAUUGUUUAUAUGAUCUUUAUUAGAAUGAAGCAGUGCAAAAAAUAAAAGUAAUGUUUUGAUUUUAAACCAGACAGACAGCAUAAAGUUUGUACGGAUAUGUUGAGAAUGUAUGGCACUUUAUAAGAGUAUUUAAGAUGAAAAGAGAGAUUCAUAAAAAGGCAAUAAGGCUAUUGCUUUUUUUUUUCUU